CGCAGAUCAGGACAAUAACAGGGUCAGGACGCAGAUCAGGACAAUAACAGGGUCAGGACGCAGAUCAGGACAAUAACAGGGUCAGGACGCAGAUCAGGACAAUAACAGGGUCAGGACACAGAUCAGGACAAUAACGGUGAGGACACAGAUCAGGACAAUAACAGGGUCAGGACGCAGAUCAGGACAAUAACAGGGUCAGGACGCAGAUCAGGACAAUAACAGGGUCAGGACGCAGAUCAGGACAAUAACAGGGUCAGGACGCAGAUCAGGACAAUAACGGUGAGGACACAGAUCAGGACAAUAACAGGGUCAGGACGCAGAUCAGGACAAUAACAGGGUCAGGACGCAGAUCAGGACAAUAACAGGGUCAGGACACAGAUCAGGACAAUAACGGUGAGGACACAGAUCAGGACAAUAACAGGGUCAGGACGCAGAUCAGGACAAUAACAGGGUCAGGACGCAGAUCAGGACAAUAACAGGGUCAGGACGCAGAUCAGGACAAUAACAGGGUCAGGACGCAGAUCAGGACAAUAACAGGGUCAGGACGCAGAUCAGGACAAUAACAGGGUCAGGACGCAGAUCAGGACAAUAACAGGGUCAGGACGCAGAUCAGGACAAUAACAGGGUCAGGACGCAGAUCAGGACAAUAACAGGGUCAGGACGCAGAUCAGGACAAUAACAGGGUCAGGACGCGGUCAUGGUCAGUCGCGACAGGGUGACACACUUACUGAGGCAGUUGGCCGCUCAGGCGUGCAGAUGUCCUGCUCACUCCACACAUCCUGUCCACAUCUGUCAGUCAGAUGCUGGUCAGGUCAAUGGGAGAAAAACUGACUAUGCUUUUGAGAUGGCUUGCUCAAAUGUCAGAUAUGGAAAGGGUGUGACCAGAGAAAUUGGCAUGGACUUGCAGAAUUUGGGUGCACAAAAUGUGUGUUUGAUGACAGACAGGAACUUGUUCAGUUUGCCUCCAGUAACAGCAGUGCUGGACUCUCUAGCCAGACAUGGCGUGAAGUACGAAUGCUAUGACAAUGUGAGGGUGGAACCUACGGAUUCUAGUUUUAAAGCAGCAAUUGAGUUUGUGAAGAAAAGAAAUUUUGAUGCGUAUGUAGCUGUGGGUGGUGGCUCUGUGAUUGACACCUGUAAAGCUGCCAAUCUUUAUGCAUGUCACCCGGAGGCUGACUUUCUGGAUUUCGUCAAUGCACCAGUUGGCAAAGGAAAACCAAUAACACGAUCACUGAAGCCUCUUAUUGCAGUUCCCACUACAGCAGGUACAGGGAGCGAGACCACAGGAGUAGCAAUAUUUGAUUUUGAAGAACUUAAGGCCAAAACAGGCAUAGCAAAUCGAUCACUGAAGCCUACUUUAGCGAUGGUGGAUCCACUUCACACACUGCACAUGCCGGACAGAGUGGCUGCUAACAGUGGCUUUGAUGUACUUUGCCAUGCUUUGGAAUCCUACACUGCUUUGCCAUAUAACAUGAGGAGUCCAUGUCCCACCAACCCCAUCACCCGACCUGCUUAUCAGGGCAGCAACCCAAUCAGCGAUGUCUGGGCAAGACAUGCACUCUGUAUAGUAGCCAAGUACUUAAAACGGGCGGUGCGUAAUCCAGAUGAUGUAGAGGCACGCUCCAGCAUGCACCUGGCAAGUGUGUUUGCUGGGAUCGGCUUUGGGAAUGCAGGAGUUCAUUUAUGUCAUGGAAUGUCAUAUCCUAUUUCUGGGAACAUCAAAACCCAUAGAGCUAGAGGAUACAACGUGGACCAUCCAUUAGUGCCUCAUGGCCUCUCUGUUGUUCUCACUUCUCCUGCUGUGUUUGCCUUCACUGCCUGCAUGUGCCCAGAGCGCCACCUAGAUGCAGCGGAGAUACUGGGUGCUGAUGUAAGGAAUGUGAAGACAGAAGAUGCUGGACUGGUGUUGGCAGACAUUCUGAGGAACAUCCUGUAUGACCUGGAUGUGGAAGAUGGCUUGUCUGAAAUUGGCUACAGUAAAGAGGACAUUCCUGAUUUGGUGAAGGGAACUAUUCCACAGGAGCGUGUAACUAAACUCUCACCAAGACGUCACACUGAAGAGGAUCUGACUCGUUUGUUUGAAGCAUCCAUAAAACUGUACUAAACUUGCGCAGUCAUUUGAAAUCUGCCAUAUUUAUGUACAAAGGACAAACCAAAUGUAAUUUUAAUGAGUUAUGAGUGCAAAG